AUGGUUUCGAUGAAGGCUGUCGAUUAUAUUAAAACCGAAUCACUGGUUCGAAAGAUUGUCGCCAUAUGUGCAUUUCUAUUCAUUGGUGUUGGAAGCUUGGGAUUCUUAAUUUACUACUGCAUAUGGACCGAUAAAUGGGAUGAAUUCCCACGUGAAUUUAGAAACGACAGUUUCAAGAAGAUAUUUGGUGUAUUAGGAACUGCCCUUGCCCUUGCCAUUGCUACUGUUGCCUGCUACGGAGUUUGGAUUAUUCUCUUCAAUUUGAUAUUCUUACUCUAUUCCAAGGACUCAUUUUCUAUGGUGCUCUUGGUGUUUCCAUUGCAUUACUUGUAUUUGGCUUAA